CACAAGGCAAUAUGGCGACUUCCGAUAACGAAAGAGGAACCCUUUGAAACACUAUAAAAUAGUCAUCUUAGAGCUAAGAAUGUCAGAUUACCUUUGUUUAUGGGCUGGUUUGGGUAGUGCUGCUGUUUCAGCUAUUUUCUAUGCAGUCUACAAGAACAGAGAAGGAACAAUUCGGAGCUUGCAGGUACAGUAAUAAACGGUGAUUCUCAGUGCAUGCAGUUAAACUCAUCAGUAAAUUUAUUCCAUCUUUUGUUCACCUACAAUUUAGAUUUCAUUUCUGUUUGAACGCUUAUGCUUUUACAACUUGAUGGCUCCAUCUGUUUCAAUAAUGUCUUUUCAACGCGCAGUCAGCUCCAGCUGGCGUGAUCAUGCAACUUGGGUCAACCACAUAAGAACUCUUAAAGCUCAAUAUUUGAAAGAACCAAUGGCACAAUUUCCGUACAACCUCAUAAAUCCAUGCAGCAAUUUCAAACUAUUCCACACAAUAAAACCGGCUGUAGGGAAAUCUUCAGUACCAUGGAAGUGGUAAGAAUAGUCCAGAUAAGGUGAUCUAAGGUAAGGUUCAGACCCCGAACUUUUCAUGAGCUGAACCUAAUUCGAAUUAAGGCCAACCCAAAUUAUUUAGACUGGCUGAAUUGAUUCAGAUGCCGAUCUUAGUUCCAGCCAAACUAAAUUCAAAAGGAGAAAAAUGCUCGUUUCGGUCAAACUACUUUCAAAAUACGUUAUAACAAUAAUUUAUGCAUUAGGUUCAGUACAUAAAAGUUCGGCGUCUGAAUCAAAGCCGUUCCAAAGUCGCUCCAAAGGCGAAAUUCCCGACCGGGCCAGGCGAAAAGAACGGUAGAGCCAUUCCAAAUUGAAACAGGCGUUCCAAACUGAUUCAGACGCCAAACUUUUCAUGUACUUAAUUCAAUGUAUUAGGUUUUACUCAUGAAAAGUUUGGCGUCUGAACAGGGCCUAAGAGAUACAUGUAUAAUCAAUUGAACAUUCAGUUAUCAAACUCAAUCAAACUUGAUCAAACUCAGUCCAUUGGGUUGAGUUCAUAUGAGUCGGGUAAACGAACAUAAUUUAACUGGACAACACUAUUGAACAGCUCAGUACAAGAACAAGACCUGUAUUUUUUGGACAUUUUUGAAAGUGUUUCAAAAUUACUGAAGUUACAUAAUCAGACAAUGAUAGCUUUUUCUGUGAGUUUGCUUAUCAAACCAACUGAACUUAAUCAAACUAAUCAAACUUUAUCAAACCGAAUCCACUCAAUUGAGUUUGAUUAAGUUCAAAUUUGGUAAAAGGUAGGCAAAAAGCAACAGGCCAUGGCAAUAGCAGCAGUUGUUUUUCCAGUGCUAAUUGCCCAAAUGAGAUUAAAUCUGACUGAUCUGAUUGGCACCCUAUGUUGUGGUUCAAUUUUAUCCUUGGUUAACGUUCUAUUUUCUCUUGUUUUGGGGUAUGGUAAUGUAUGAUAAUGAGUUUGAAACAAAAAGAACAAAUUUAAACCAAGGAAAAAUUGAAUCGCAAUACAUAUGCCAAAAGUGCGAAAUUUGAAUGUGACAGUACAUUGUAGAUGCCUUGGAAUCCACUAAGUCAAUAUGCGGGCGCAAUCCUACUCUCCAGGUUUUUAUUAUGCAUGUGUCGCAUAUUUGUAGUCAGUAUUCGUGUGGACUUCCACUAAGAAUAAAUGGAAUGCACAUAACGCAUUUUGGUUGCACGCAUUUCGACCUUUGACCACUUGUAAUCUGAUCAUGCAUGUUUUGACCAUCUGUCAUGUGAAACUUAUGCAAAGCACAGUGCUGGAGCAAAAACCUUCGAUCGUUGUCACCCGCACUUUUUAACCUUUGGUUAUUACUAGUUUUAGGUAUAGAAUCAUUCUACCUAAAAAUAUCUGGUAUUCACUUCUGGAAAAAUUUGUAUGCACCAUAAGGUGAGGGAUUUGAAAGUAAGAAACUAACAUUGUGACUGGCCAAGUUGUCUAUCAAUCAGCAAUAUCGUGAAAGAUGAUCGAUUUGGUUUCAAAAAAGAACGGUCAGGCCUGAUAUGAAACAGUAGUCAAGCGGCACCCUUCCAAAGAAGAAAUGUCCAAACCUUGAUCUGAAACAGCAGUAAUUCAUAGUCGCAUAACAAUUCUGUCACAUGGCCAAUAAUGUUGCUCAUUUAUAUUUUGCCACCAUACAAAACAACAACAAAACUGUUAAUACCUAAAUGUUCUGCAUUGGGAAACAAGACAAUGUUGCCCAUUAUAUAGAAAAAAUUCCUGGAUGCUCGGAGAAUCAGUUUUCUGAAAAAGCUCUCCUACAGUUUAUCUGUUUACAACGUUUUGGUAUUUACAGUAUAAAAAUCCUUUGUACAAUCUACUUUUUUCCUUGGAAAAAGUAAAGGAGAGCUACAGUCAUGCUUGCUAGAUUUUCUGUACCAAGAGAAACUCAAACACCAGUAAGAGCUAAGCAGCUGCCAUCUUUGAACUCAAGGGUAAAAAGUGUCACAAAUUUCAACUAGUUCAUUUUAUUUUGAAUGCACAGGGAACUUCCAUUAGCUUAAUAAAGCCAUCUAGAAAGAAAAAAAUCAUAUGAGAGAUGGGUUAAGAUACACAGAAUACUGAGGUUUCGAAAAAGGCAAACACAAACAAAUAACACAGCCACAUAAUUUCGGCAGAGUUGCAAAAAUCUAUCGAGUCCAGCUUACCUCAAGCUCAAGUGUUCUACAUCUCUCUUAGAGAUAAAUUUUAUCCUUAUAAAAGCAAUGCAACUCUCUCCUUCUCUUUUUAUGGCCAGUUGUGCUCCACUUUCUAGUGCUACAAUUAUUCCGAUCUCCUCCCGAUCCUGACAAUGAAAACAACUACGUUGAGCCCAAUUGUCCACAUGGUAACAUGGCAUGUUGAGGACAGCAGCAAACGCUGCUGAAGAGCAUUUUGACAAUCACUUCGAUGAUAAAAUACAAUAAGUAUGUGUAAUCAAAUGGUGACGAGUGAAAUUAGGGAAUAAUUUCACAGGCGUUUUGUCCAAAUCCUUAUAAUUUCCCGAGCCUUCAGGCGAGGGAAAUUAUUAGGAUUUGGACAAAACGCAAGUGACAUUAUUCCCUAAUUUCACGAGUACACCAUUUGAUUACCUAUUAAUAUCAUGGGUGACGAAUUACCUUUAAUAGCAAUCGAGGAUUUUUGACUUGUUUAUCCUGGAUCGUAUCGAUCGAUCGUGAACUCCACUCUCUCAAACGUUUAGAGCUGAAAUUUGGCUUAAGUUUUCGGAAUUUUUCCACAACAUACCUCUAAGAAUCCUUCUUGAUGUGCUCUUUCGUGUGUUCAAGUUUUCUAAAGCGUCUCUUUAUGCCCUGACAUCUUAUUCAUGACAUUUUAAAACUUCGUCGCCAUCUUGAAACGGAGACGUACGGCAGGUUGCCAUGGCAAUUUAGUAAUUUCACAUGUGAAAUUACAAAUUAACGCUGAAAUUUUGUGCCAGAAUUAAGGAGUAAUUCGUCACCUAUGAUAUUAAUCUGCUAUAAUUUUUCAAUAAAGAAAAAACGUAGAUUUUAAUGAAGAAAUUGACAAGAGUUCUUUGGGUAAAAGACAAAUUUCCUAACAUCUCAAAUAUCACAUCUAAAAUGAGAUCAUCACAAUGCAACACAUGUGUUGCAUGUUUCCUGCUCUAACUUUAGAUUGGCGCAUAGAACAAUGCUGAAACUUGGCCUUGAGGUAUAAGACAGGGGAAGCUGUUUGAAUGGUCCCCAUUGUAUGUAAGUGAUGGCUUGAUGACCAUCUUUUGAACUAUUCUUAGUCAUUUAAACGUGCAUUUUCCUAUUAGAGAUCACAUGUCAUUCUGGAGAAGUGUGUCAAUCAACUUUAUUAUAUAGACAUUAGUGUUUUACUAGAAAAUAUACCACUCAUGAAAUUCAUAAAAACUACAUCCGGAACCAGAGUGGUUUAUUUUCCAUAAUCUCACGUGUGAGUUUAUGGAUGAUGUAAUUUUGGUAAUAGUAGAUGAUGAUGAGGUACUUCCUUCUGUUGAAGACAUAGAUGUCUGUUCCUAAUUUAUUCCCAUGGUCAACUGGGAAGAUCAGGUUGCAUGAUUGGCUGCACUGGCUGAGCUGGUCAGUGUUUGUUGUAUAAGUGACAGUCUUUCACCAUUUGUCUGACGUCAUUGGAGAUACCUGGCCAGAAUACAUACUUUCUAGCCCAGAGAAUGCACUUGGGUUUGCUCUAGUGGCCUGAGUGGAUGGUCUGUAAGACUUCAUUUCGCAUGUCCUUUGGCACGACUAUCUAUUAUUUUUUCAAUUACACGAUCACGACAGCUUGAAGAUACUAUGAAGUUUGUUUUCUUGUGGCAAAAACAAUAUUUUACUCACUUGCGUGUUCAUAAAAUAUUAUUUUGCCACCGUGUAAUAUCCUCCCAAGCUUUACUAUGAAAGAAAUAUUCAUAAUUGCAGUGUUUAUUCAGAUUCUUGAAUUCUUGAAAAAAUCUGUACAUGUGUGGAAAAUAAAGAUUAAGUCUGGAAAAAUGGUAGGAAAUCUUGCCUUUUUUUCAAGUUGUCCUGUCACAACAAAGGACAUCUAAUCAGCUUCUUGUUUAAAACACCAUUGCAUCACUAGCUGAUUCUGGAUGCUACAUGAAAAGAACAGCUAAAGUUUAGUUCACAGCACUAGCCCCCUCGGUGAGCCCUUUAGCCUGUUAACAGCUAUUGUGACUGCAGCGCUGCGCAGUCAGCGGUAUGUUGUAAAAGCUUAGCAGCCGCACCAGAUUUUAGUAAGCGGCCGCCAUGUUAGCCCUUUCUCGUGUUGUUCAAGUUUUUGGAUAGUUAUCGCCAUCCAUCGGACAUUAUACGGCCUAAACGGUAAGAACUGUUAAAAGAACAUUUUACGGAAAAUCCCAAGAGAGUAUUUCACACGACAUUUUGAAGUUUAGUACUUACGAAUCACGUAUUUAGCCUAUCAUGUAUUUGUCAUGUCAGAUUGUUAUCUCGGGACUCAGGAUCCAAGAACUAAGGAGUAAAAAGAAUGUGUUGUACCGAGGACCUGUGAAUAAACUACGUUUGGGACGUUCGUGUUGAUUGUUAGCAACUCCUCUUGUUGUAUGUACUACGGGAGGCCAGCCACAGCUAUACCUAAGCAACUGACGAAGGAUCCAAUAUUUUGGUUGCAAAACCGGUCUUGCAGACAUAGCUAACAAGAGUGUUAUGUUUUUCUUAGAACUUAACCAUGACACACUUACAUUCUGGUACCAAAUAGAUCAGUUUCAUUUUGCGCACACAGUGGAAAGCCUUGUUCUGUACUUAAAUUAAAAUGUUCUGUCUUUUGACCCAAACAAGCGUAAUUAUUCUCAACCAGCUACUGAUUGUGGAUUAAUGGAAGGAAAGCUUUCCAUAGGACUUUUAAGUCCCAGUUCGAUAUCCUUCAAGCUUUUCAAAGAUUUGCCGCCAACUUGAAGAGAAUUUGCAUAUGAUCAUCUUUGAUUAUAGAACCACCCUCAACCUCUAGUCAAGCAUAUCAUCAGUUCUGAUUACACAUUCUGAGCCAAUAAACUAAACAUUACUGAUCAUUUUCAUGCCUUCCUGCCUGUGAAAGUUUAUCUAAAUCCUGCAAACGUUGAAGCUGAGGACUCGUAGCCUUAAUUAUCACCCUGAUGUGGUGCAGGGAGUCUAUCUUUGUCAAGAAAAGUACUGUUGAUUUUCCUAUUUUCCUCCUAUUUUUUAAUACAAAGUUUUCUAUUUUUCCUAUUCUCUCAAUCCUGAGUUUCCUAUUUUCCUAUUAAUUUGAGCAACCAUUCCGCUGGACACCCUCAAAAAGUCUUGAAUUGUGCAUCCAAAAUCUGUGUGAACCCGGAAAAUGUUAUUCUCCUCUUGUUGAUGGAUCACAGUAGCGACCAGUAGCAGUAAUACCAACAUUUUUUUUUUCUAAACAGGAUGCAGUACAAAUGGAAAUUGGUCCAAAAUUGAUAGACACUUUGAGGAAGGCAGAGAAUCAUUCAAUACCAUAUGGUGUUGUAAGAGGAGAAGCAAUACCUUUAAAAAGAACAGAAGUCAUAAGAAGUGCUCAUGUGCAAGAUGCUAUUGGACUCAUACAACGCAUCAAAACACGGGAACACAAAAGUGAAUGGAGUAAGACAACGAGACUGUGGUAUGUAAUUUCCUGUUUGCAACUCUUGCACUUGAAUUUCCUAUCAAUGAAAAUUAGUGUGAGUUUAAACUUCACUCUUAUUCACCAGUAAAUUAAAUUUAUACACUGUACAUGCAAUUUUUUUUAAGAAUUCCUCCUUGCCUCUUUUGGAAGUUACAAUACUACAGUGGUGUUAAGAAGGUGUCUUUCUUCAUUCUCACUAGUCAACGUAUAAGGCAAAAGAGGCAAGGCAAAAUGUUGUACAAAGGGUCACCCAGAUAACUGAGAACCUUUGCAAGAUUCUUUUCCCCAACUGCUAACUUGCCUGUAUCACAGAUUUCCUCACACCAAAGGUGUUGUGGUUUGAUCUAGUCUUGAGGUUCUCAAUCAAAGCCAUCUUGUUGUUAUUAUUAUUAUUAUUAUUAUUAUUAUUAUCAUGCUUGUUAUGAUGAUGAUGGUGGUGAUGAUGAUGAUGAUUACUAUUAUUAUUAUUAUUGAUUUCAUAUCUUUCAAUUCUAGGCACGAUGUUGAAAGGACCAUAAGUUCUGCCGCUACUUCAGUCCCUUUUGCCUUAUUACACAAGGGGAUCCUUGUCAAAGUUACGGAACCAAUGUCUGCAGAAAAACUUCAGCUAAAAGUUAUACUUGAUAAGUUUGAGCCAGUGUCCGGCUCUGUUGCUGAUUCCUUGGUACAGUGGGCCACCGGUGAUAAGACAAAGGGAUUUCAAACAAUUGAAGAAAUGCUACCUGUUGGUACAGCACUAACAGGAAUUGGAGAAAUCAGUUUGGAUGGUGAUGGCAUCAAGAUAGGACCUCCAAAAUCUGGUCUGACAUAUUAUCUAUCGCAACUUACCUUAGAUGCCAUCAUCCGACAGCUGCAAUCGGGAAAGAAGAUAUGGAAAGUUCUUAGCGCAAUCUUUGCUUGUGGUAGUGGAAUUCUGUUCCUUGUUUCACUUUACUUGUAUAUCAAGAGACGACGUGACAGACAGAUUGAAGAUGAUUUUAUACGGAGGAUGCAGCAUGACGUGACUGUUAUAGGGGAUGGUGAGGUCUUGGAUCCCCAGGGAGCAUGUGUUGUUUGCAUGGACAGACCACGCAAUGUUGUCAUUUUAGACUGUGGCCACAUCUGUUGUUGCUUAGAAUGCGCACGGCAGGUGAACAACUGUCCUGUUUGUAGGCGUCCAAUCGCUCGUCUUGUCCCCACUUAUCAUAGUUAAAAAAAAUUACCAAAGCCACUCUUAGCCUCUGGAAUUUAAAAAAUUCUUACUCGUAUUUUGUUAUAUGUAGGUGGUGUGAAAGUGUUGACUUAAUCAGAAAUAACAUUAUUUUUUUUGUUGUUGUUGGUAGCCUUCUUGAAUUUUGCAAGUUGUCAGUAAUUUUGUGAUCCAAGUGCAGGCAGGCAACUAUUUUUGCAACCUGCUUUAUACAAAAAUUGGUGGAAUGUUAUUUAAUUGAUGUGAAGUCAGAGAGCACAUAACGUCAGUUUUGUAACUUACUGAAAUAGCAUGUAUUAGACCAUGAGACUUUUUAACUUGCCUGAAAAAAAUUCAGACGAGCCGAAUUGUUUACAGCUCUUCUGUAAUUUGAAUUCCACCAAGAAACUUCACUUGCCCAUCGGAGAAGUUAAGAACAGAAUUCACUAGCCUGAUAGAAAAGUCCACUAGCCUCGUACAUGAGUCUAUGACUUUCUCUGCACACUGGAAGUACAAACUUGGGACUUCUGUUAUUGCAUCCUUGGGAAGGAAGGAAUCAAAACUUAAAGGAAUAACCAAGUCCUACAAAACUAGACUGUGCGCCAUGACAAACCAAUCUUGAGAAAAAACCGACUGAUUUGCAGUCGGUAACAAAACAGCCCUAUCUUCAGGGAAAAAAAUUAAUCCCAGAAAGGGAAAAGGAUUAAAAGACAGUAACUCACUUGAGGAAGACUUCAAAAACAUAACCUGUGGGGAAACUUACACUGACGAUAUUACAUACUGGUAAAACGGAAUUCUGAUGGUUAGUGUAAUGGAGAUGGCAUUUCUAACACGCCUUUGUGUGCACGUCUCGGUUUACAAGUCCUGUGAACUAAAUAAACGCUCUCUAAAUGUAUGUAAAUUUCAAAUUGCAGUAAACCUUGCUGGUUGCUGUGACUGAUUUUUAAGGUGAUGUUACGCGAGACGAUUGCAACGAC